GAGAGACAGCAAGAUGCUGGUUAAUUUGCACCUUCUUCCUCACCCAGCGGCUUCAGCCGUGACUAACGAAGCUAAAGGAGAGGGCAAGAACAGGUCUAUUGUUUUCGUUUCCUACUUGGCCGAAACCCAAAGGAGCGGCUGGUCGCCUACCUGCCUUCCAUUCCCCUGCACGGGAGCGGCUGCGCGACCUGCCGAGCUGUACGUUGCCGGCUCCGGCUAGCUGGCGACCUCACCUACGGCGCUCUUCCGGGCUCGGACCAGCCUGACUCAUCUGGGAUGGGUGGCAGGGGUGGGGGAGACCUCAGAGGGAGGAGGGACAGGAGGAGGCGGGCCGGGCCCUUCCCCCAGAGCCGGGGAGGAGGCGUCGCCAGGGCGCAGGUGAAACCGACUCCGGCCUAUCCCGGGAACUUUCGCAGCGGGGACUCGCUGCGCGAGGCGCGCAUCGCGCAGGGGCGGCCUGGGAGCCGCCCUCUCCCACCCUGGGCUGCGCGCGGGGCUCAGCACCGGGGCCUCUCCCCGGGGACCCGCGGCCCUCCUGGCACGUUCUGGGGCUGCAAGCAGGCCGUGGCUGAUGGAGGCGGGUGGCGCCGCCCCGGGCGCAGGUGACAGACGCCAGGCCAGGGUUUCUGUUGGCGGGGGAGAGCGCAGGGAGGACGAGACGCAGACACCUCGGGGCCAGGGGACGACGGGGCAGCGAUGGCCCGAGAGUUGAGCCAGGAGGCACUACUGGACUUUCUGUGCCAGGCCGGGGGCCGAGUGACCAACGCCGCCUUGCUGAGCCACUUCAAGAGCUUCCUCCGAGACCCCGAUACGCCCCCCAGCCAGCACCAGCGCCGCCGCGAGCUUUUCAAGGGCUUCGUCAACUCGGUGGCCGCAGUGCGCCAGGACCCCGACGGCACCAAGUACGUGGUGCUCAAGAGGAGGUACAGGGACCUUUUGGGGGAGGAGGGGCUGCAGCGACCCAGAGACCCGCCCGCGGCCGCCGCCCCUGCAGGGGGAGCUGCGCCCAGCUUCCCGCUCCUCGCGCGCAGGGGGGAGCCGCCGCCGCCGCCGCUGCCGCCGCCGCAGCAACCCCGGCGGCGGCGGCGCGAGAAGGAGCUAGAGGAGGAGCAAGCAGGUGCCGCAGGCCCGGCCGCCGAGGCAGGCUGCAAUGGACUCCCGGCCAGCGGGGCCCGGGAGGCGGCCCGGAGAGGCGGCCGGCGGAGGGGCAGCUCCGGCCACAGGGCGCCGGUGCCCGCAGCCGCCCAGGACGGAGCGAGGUGCGUGGCGGCCGAGACGCAGGGCCGCCGCUGCUGGGAAUGCCUCCAGAACGGCCUGGGGGGACUCCCGGGCGAGCCGCUGCUCCGCUCACUCCCCGACGCCCCCACCGCCACCGCCAGCGCCUGGGAGAAGCCUGCGCCGGCCCCGCCUGCCCAGGACGACAGCGGGGCUCCCAGGCCGCAGCGGGAAGGUGCGCCCGCGGGGCCCCCGCCGGUGUGCGCCGCACCCCGCUCUCCUCCCACAACCGUCGAGGCUGCUGGGAGCGGGGCUUCCCCACCUGCUCUCCUGUCCUGCCCCACUCCCCCCGGAGAGCCGCCCGAGCUGGUGAUCCCGGGCUCUCUGCAUUAUUCGACCCUGCAGAAGCAGCAGCAGCGCACUCGAGAGUGGGUGGCCAGACACCCCCAGAUACCCGAGGCCCGAAACCAGGGUCCCAUCCGAGCCUGGUCGAUGCUGCCAGACAACUUCCCCCAGCUGCCCUCGGAGCCGGGCUUCUGGGUCCCGGUAUCUAAGCCAGCACCACCCGACCUCCCUCCUCCCCCUCAUUCUCUCUUUCCCGCUGUUUCGGAAUCCUGGCUCGGGGAGUCUCCAUUGGCAGUCUUUCGUAGCAUUCGUUGUCAGCUGUCUCUACAAGAUCUGGAGGACUUUGUGGACCAGGAGAGCCACGGCAGCGAGGAGAGCAGCAGUGGACCCAAAGAGUCCCCUGGGGGUUCUGAAGAAGGGCUGCACCUUGCCCCGGGAGCCCCAGAUGGGAGAAGGCUCAGGAAUCCAGCUGGGGCCCCUUCUCCAAAGGAGGGCUGCCCCAGCGGGAGCCUUCAGGGCCUCAGGAACAUAGAGGAUGGUCACCCUUCUCAGCCCGUCCCAAUAGGAGCUGGUGGCCUUGCAGGCCACCCUCAGCCUUUGCCCUGGCCUGUCCCCAAAUUAAGGAGAUCCCUAAGGAGGAGCUCUAGGGCAGAGAGAGCCAAAUUGUCCUCCUCUGAUGAGGAGUGCCUUGAGGAGGAUUUGCUGAAAAGGAGCCGGCGCCCUCCCCGGUCCAGGAAACCCUCGAAGGUGGGAGCAAUGUCCAGCCCAAGGGUGGAUGCCGCUUUGACACCAAAACCUGCAGAAAUUAAGGCUACUGUUGUUGAGUGUGGUCAUCCACACAGCUCAUGGGCCCCUGGAGGGGAGAGGCCUGCAGCCUUGAUCCCCCCCAGAUCUUCCGAGCACAAGUCAUCCCUGGUCCCCCUUGAUGCCAGGGAGCAUGAAUGGAUUGUGAAGCUUGCCAGUGGCUCUUGGAUUCAGGUGUUGACUUUGUUCUGGGAGGACCCCCAGCUGGCUUUGCACAAAGACUUUUUGACCGGGUACACUGCCUUGCACUGGAUAGCCAAACACGGUGACCUCAGGGUCCUUCAGGACUUGGUCUCAGGCGCACAGAAAGCAGGGAUUGCUCUUGAUGUAAACGUGAAGUCCAGCUGUGGGUAUACCCCGCUGCACCUUGCAGCCAUUCAUGGCCACCAGGGGAUCAUCAAAUUGCUAGUGCAAAGGUUGGCGUCUCGUGUGAACGUCCGGGACAGCAGUGGGAAGAAGCCUUGGCAGUAUCUGACCAGUAAUACCUCUGGGGAAAUAUGGCAGCUACUGGAAGCCCCACGGGGCAAGCCCAUCUUUUCCACCUAUCCCUUGGUUCGAAGCUCUUCCCCCACCAGGAAGGCCAAGAGCCGGGAAAUAUCUAGAAAUGUCACUCGAAAGACUUCCUUUGCUGCACUGCUCAAAAGUCAGCACAGCAAAUGGAAGUCAGCCAACCAGUAUGAGAAAUUCCCCAGUCUAAGGGAAAGAGAAGAGUAUAGUGACUGAGGGGAGCCCCUCUCUCCAACAUGGCCUCCACACCCCCAUCCUUGAGCUCUUCAGUGAGAGAAUCCAGGGGGAAUGGAAAAAUUGCUGAGGAAUUGGUCGACAGGCCAAGUGAGAUGGCCUACCUAGUGUUUACCUCCCUGGAUUCUGCGUCAGCACAUCCUGGGCCUCAGAGGUCGUCCAAGCUUUCUGACGGCUCAAGUCCUUGGGCCAGUGAACGUAGACAAGGAGCAGAGUCAGGUGCUUAAAACCCGGCUGUUCUUCUCCUUCCCUUGCCAUCACAGAUCUGGGCACAGCAGGCCACACUAUUCUCCCAAGCAGCUACCCCAGGCCUUGGCUAGAGAGGAAACAGAUGUCUAACAAGAAGAGAGGCAAUUCAAGGAACUGAUGAAGCUCAAACAAGAUCCUCUCUCUGGCUAGGAGCUCUCUGGCUUCCAUUCAUUUGGAGAACAAAUCUUGGCUAAGAGUGGAAAACACCAGGUUUGAAAUCAGAUGGCUCCUCUUCUUUCCCUUUUUUUUUUUUUUGGCAUUCAAAUCUGUGCAGUAAAAUUAUUACUGGAGAGUAGAAGUUGCUUUAAGAGAUUCCUCUGCCCCAUCGUCAGGUCUUUCUUUGAAUGCAACCUUUGGUAGCCAGCACAAGAAAUGAUUAAUGCCUCGUUUCAGAGAAGCAGUUGGGUAAGAUCCAGUUGUGACUGACAUUCAGACCCUGCUUUUUAAGAAAAACAUCAACCUGAGGGGAACUUUCCAAAUGUAAAAACUGUAUGGCUCAUUUGCAUAGUGACUGAAACCAUCUUUUAUGGAAACUCCCUGUGUAACAAACAGCAGAAUUAGCAUCAGUAGUUUUCAGUAGGUUUGAAUGGCCAAUGUUCAUACUCAUGAAAAGUGAGAAAUGAUUUUGUUCUGGGGAUGCAGUAAGGGUUAUGAGGUGAAUGCCUCCCCACCAGGAACUUUCUAAGCUGCUAAAUAUAAUUUUAUUUGCACUAAACAUUUUGCCAAUUAAGAUUAAAUAUUAGGUUUGAAGUGCUGUAUCUCUAACAGGAAGUGGUCCUUUUAUUUGCUCGUGGUGGGACUGAUCUCUGUGGGUCUGUGGAAUGAGAGAAUGGCUAGUUUAUAAACUGCAGUAGAAAAUCAAGAUUUCAGAAUGUAAAUUCAAAGAGGGCUGAAAGAUGAAGUGUCUAAGAGGAAAUAGUUAAUUUUUUAUGGAAAUGUUCUCAUGCGCUGUGGCAAUGAUGUUGUAUUUUAAAGUAUUUUUGUGUUUCUUCUGGCUAUUUUCCCCCAUUAAAAUAUCAACAGAUCUUUAUAAUUUAUUGUACUUAUGCUGAUGAUUGUUAACUUUCUGCCUUACAAAACUGUGACUCAGUGAGUAUCAAAUAUUUUUGUUUCUUUGUAGUUUUACUUUAUAAUUUUGCUGAAAUAACUAUAUCUGUUCUAUUAGAAAACAAACAAAAAAUAGGCAGAAUAAAUAAAUCUAAGGGUUGCUUUUCUCCAAAAAGACCUAUACAAGGGAUGAAACUUUGGCAAAUCACAUCAAGGAAAAAAAGCUACAAGUACGGACAGCAGGUGUAUGGUUAGGAGAGAUGAAAUUUUUAAACAUAAAAGAUAAACAUUUAUGUGAAUACCCUAGUACAGGCGGUGAUCUCCCAGGGGGGGAAAAAAUUAAAAAUGUCAACUUCUUUUAAAAGCCAAAGAAUGUUUUUACUUUACCAUACUGUUAUCACAAUGUCAAUUCAUUCAACAAAUGUUUUCCUUAGUGCUGUGGGAUUGAUAAAGGUGAAUGGGACAUGACUUCUCUCCUCUUGAACUUAAAAUCUAACAAGACUUGUUGUUGACUGAUUUAUACCAUACCUUACUCCCAAGAUGUCUUUUAAAGCUGCAUUGUACUAGGUAUAAGCUUUUAAAAUGAGGCAAAGGAAAAAAAAGGUACCGGGAAUGAGGACAAAACAACUGCAAUACAAGAAAAAAAAUUUUUUUCAGAGUGUCGUAAGUACAAAGUUAAGGGCUCCAGAGGAUUUCGGAGGAGAGAGUCCUUUGGGCUAAGAAAAUCUGGGCCGGCUACUGGGAGGCCAGGCAUCUUUAGGUGAAUGAUCUUGGCUUUCCACAGAAACCAGCUUUGUUGGUUCUACCACAUUCUUGCCUUUGGCUUCAGUGUGUGAUUUCAUAGCACAACAUUGGCUGAUUGCUCAAUGGUUAGGACACAGUCUUGGGUUCCAGGUUCAUUCUUAGGAGGAUCCAUCAGGUCCGUCUGUCCUUUGUCCCCAUAUCGUACCUAUGACUGUGGUCAACCUUCUUACGUGGUCAACAUGUAUUUGGGGAGGGGGUGGGGCAGAAGAGGGUGUUGAGAGCAGAGUACAGCACAGACCUGGUGGAGUCACCCUUUUGCUCAUGUCAUAAAGCACAGACCAGGAGGACAGCCAGUCCCAGCCUCCUGCCAGCCACAAACCUCCCCCACACUGAGGCCAGACCCAUUGGGGUGUGAAUGCCCUUACCCUCUCAGUUUCUGUCCUGGUGGUGCUGAAUUCUUUCAGCUUAGAAUCCCUUUUGCUCUUUUCCUGGAGAACUUUCAUGUUUCAAAGGACAGCUCAGACAUCGAAGCCUCUGUGAGGGCAAAGCUGCUGGGUGUGUUUGGGGGAUACUUAGCUCCUAUGGCUGUGGGAGAUAGGUGGCUUCUGCUGUGUGGCAGCCUAAGGCGCUGUGGAACGAGGUGAAGAUAGAAAGGGAAUUUAAGGUCAGGUUGAAAAAAAGUAUCUUUUAUGAUACGUCAAGAAAAAUAAGCAUUUUCUAGGAAGCCAGGGAUGGUCCAAUUUUUCCCUCCAGAAAACCUUAGUGUAAUUCCAAAUAUGGAAACUUUCGUAAAGUCUUAAUUUGAAGACAAAGAAAAAGUAUUGUAUAGGAUGUACUCAAUUUUAAAGUUUCCCUUUCAAAUUUUCCUUGUCUUUGAUGUUAAUGCUUCUUUGCUGGCAAACAGUGGUGCGCAGUUGAACAAAUUGCAAUUUAAUAUUAGAGGCAAACAUUAGAAACUGGUGAUAAUCUUAGCUCAACCACUUGCUUUUUUGUAGACAUAGUUGUAAACUAAUGAAUUUUAAUCUUAUAUAUAAUAUCUACCAUACUGUUAUUUUCUGCUAGUAAAACUGCUUUUAGUUCAACAUUUUAGGAUUUUACACAUAGCGUGCCAUGACUUCCAGGUGCUUUGAUUUCCUCACUAAAUUUUUUAAAGUAACAACUUUGAGAUAUAGUUCACAUACCAUACAAUUCACCUAAAAAAAAAUAUCGUAUACUAACGCAUAUAUGUGGAACCUAGAAAAAUGGUACAGAUGAACCUGUUUGCAGGGCAGAAAUUAAGACACAGAUGCAGAGAACAAACGUAUGGACACCAAGGGGGGAAAGCCGGGGGUGGUGGUGGUGGUGGUGGGAUGAAUUGGGAGAUUGAGGUUGACAUAAAUACACUAAUAUGUAUAAUAAGUAUACAGGUCAAUGGUUUUGAGUGUAUUCACAGAGUUGUGCAACCAUCACCAUAAUAAGUUCCUGUACCUAUUUGAGAACUACUGACCCAGGCAAUGGGGAGCCAUUGACAGUUUAAUGUAGACCUAUAUAGACUGGGGUGAAGUAAAGAUCCCUCUUGCUAUAGUAAGGGAGAGAAACUAGAAGCAGAGAUCAGGUAAAUUAUUGUAGUGUCUUGAUUUCAUAUUGGAAAUAGGAAUAUUGACUCAAUUAGCUCGAUAAGGUGAAUAAGUUUGGAUGAGUAAAAAUGAGGAAAGAAAAUUUUAGUUGGAGGAGCUUACUCAGUUGAUAAAAAUCAGAAGACAUUAGGUGAGAUCCAAAAGGAUCUCUCCAUUUCCUCUCAUCUCUAAUGCUCCAGUUCAGUGAUUAGACCACUUCACUACUGUGAUGACGGUCUAGGUUCAAGGUGGCAUUGAUCUAAGAGUAUAAAUUCAAUCCCUGUACAGGCUGUUUAGCACAGCAGUGUCAGUGUAUGCGCUUGUGUUUGCUGACAUCAAACAAAUGAUUAAAAAUGUGUAAUUGAGGCAAUUCCCUGGCGGUCCAGCGGUUAGGACUCCGUGCUUUCACUG